UAAGUUGUCUUGAUAUAUAUUUUAGCAUUACUUGCUCAGGCGCCGCACGUGACGCUUUAUUACCUAUUCAUUUUAAGAUAUCAUUUAGUUCACGACCUUUGUUAUUUUCAUUCAGAUUUCUAAUAAUAGUUUUUAAAGAUAUAUUUUUGAAAGAUGGCUUUUCUGCAAUCAAUGCCUAAAUCAGAGACUAUCAAGCUACGAGAAAAACACAUUGGAGCCGCCUGCCAGUUGUUUUUCCGUUCAUCUCCAUUAAAAAUAGUGCGAGGUAUCGCCCAAUUUAUGUAUGACGAGACAGGCGAAAGAUUUCUAGACUGCAUCAACAAUGUCGCUCAUGUGGGACAUUGUCACCCACAUGUAGUGGAAGCUGGUCGUAAUCAAAUGUCAUUGAUAUCGACCAAUAACCGUUAUCUCCACGAUGAGUUAGUAAUUCUUGCGGAAAGGCUUGUGAAGACGAUGCCCGAGUCACUUUCUGUCUGCUUCUUUGUCAACUCGGGCUCUGAAGCCAAUGACCUUGCAUUAAGAUUGGCUCAAAUUCACACUAAAAAGAAGGACGUGAUUACGCUUGAUCACGCAUAUCAUGGACACCUAACGUCUAUGAUUGAUGUGUCUCCCUACAAACUGAACUUACCAGGAGGGCCAGAGAAGCCAGAGUGGGUUCACGUGGCCCCAGUUCCCGAUACAUAUAGAGGAAAAUACACGUACCCGAGGGAUUCACAGUCUGAGGAUGAAUUAGGACGCUUAUAUGCGAAUGAAAUCGGAGAUAUUUGUAGAGAGAUUAAAAGAAGAAAGGGUGGUGUUUGCGCUUUCAUAGCAGAGAGUCUCCAAAGUUGCGGUGGACAAAUAAUUCCUCCCGAGAAUUACAUGAAGAGAGUCUAUGAAUACGUCCGAGAAGCAAACGGAGUCUGCAUCGCUGAUGAAGUACAGGUUGGCUUCGGUCGCGUGGGCACCCACAUGUGGGCAUUUGAGACACAAGACGUAAUUCCCGAUAUCGUAACGAUGGGAAAACCGAUGGGCAAUGGUCACCCGGUUGCCGCGGUAAUCACCACACCAGAAAUUGCAAAAAGUUUUGCAGAUACCGGCGUAGAAUACUUCAAUACGUACGGUGGUAAUCCAGUAUCCUGUGCUAUCGCUAAUGCCGUUUUAGAUGUUAUCGAGGAGGAGCGACUUAUGGAGCGCGCGGCUCGUGUGGGGAAUCACCUCUUAACGCGUUGCGAAGGUCUUAAGCACAAGCAUCGGCUUAUUGGUGAUGUUCGGGGUAGAGGACUCUUUGUUGGUGUCGAACUUGUUACCGAUAGAGACAAAAGGACCCCGGCGACGGUGGAAGCGAAACACGUUGUCGACAGGAUGAGGGAGGAGAGAAUAUUAAUCAGCAGAGAUGGACCAGACUGUAAUGUUUUGAAGUUUAAACCACCUAUGGUGUUUACAACGCAAGAUGCAGACAGACUUGUUGACAUAUUAGACAGAGUACUUUCUGAAUUAGAUGAAAACACAAAACAAGUUCAAGUCAAAUUAGAGGUCCUGGUCUCACCCAUUAGAGUAGAAAGCAGUGAUAUGCCAAUAAAAAACAAUAUUCAGCAAUAUGUAAAAGCUGUGUAAAGGGUUGAAAGAAAUCUCCAUAGUAUUACAUUGAAUAUGUUAAGUUUGUACAUAUAGUUUAAUAAUUAUUAACUAAAUUUAAAAAAUAUAUUUUAAAUGUGUAUAAUUAUGUUAUUAUAAAUAAAAUUUAAGAUUUACA